AUGUCAUUCCCAGCAGCUUUGAUGAAGCCGCGAAUAACGCACCGAUUAGUAACAGACGGAAAGGCUCUCAAUCCAGUUGUAGAAAUAGCAACUUUUGAUAGGCAAGCAUUUUGGGAUUCUAGUAUUCCAUCUUGGGAAGGUAUUGAAGGGAAGUGGCUGGUUCAGGUAUUACCUGAACAAAUUUGCGAGUUGAAAAGCUUCAGCAUGUCUAAUCGUAGAGGAGUGUGGGUAUAG